CUCGAUCACACCACGAUCGCUGGCAUCCACAUCCCCGAGCCCCGCGGCAUCCAUCUUUCCACUCUCGGUCCUGCGGUUCUCUCCACAGACGCCGACACCCAUGCUUAACCCGGCUGCGGGCCCUCAGCUCGAGCGCUGUCUCAAGAUCUUGAAUCCUGCCUCCAACUCCAGGGACGAGGAUGUCUUUGUGGCCCUGAUGCUCAUCCCAAAGCUGCUUGCCGACAUCGGCGAUCGUCCAGACGAACUGGGCGAGCUAAUGUCGCUGAUCUACAACAAUAUGAACUUUCAGUUUCUCUCGAGGCUGCUGCUGACGACCGAAUCCUCCGAGCAGCUCCCAAGCAACAUGCUGCAUGCCGUGGCGGUUCACAUCGUCUCCUGUCUCGUUGGCUAUGAGUCGCUUGUCGAUCGCCCAGAGAUUGCAUCGAUGGCCCCUCUGCUUGUCAAAGUGGUAUCGUCGCCAAGCGAUGAGAAUUCGGUCAAGCAAACCGCUCUGCAGUCGCUCUACCGCCUCGUCAGUCACCCCCCAGGUGCUCGAGAGCUCUUGGCUCGAAACUCGAUGCUGGAGUUGGUCGAUAACCUCACUUCGGAUUCAGCAGAGGAACUGAGGCGGCUCAAGCUCCAGUCGCUGGAGCGUUGCUUCCAGACCUUCUACGAACAAGAGCCCGGCACGAUCGACGUCGCCGUCGCCAAGCCCGUUUUCGAUGCCGUCCUGGACGAGCUUGCAGCUGCUUUUGAAAGGGACAAGACCAAGUGGACCAUGGAGUACUUUCAGCUCUGCAUCCGAGUGCUCUCGGUCUGGCAGAUUGUCAGCCAGGCGACACCAAGGCAGCAGAACAACUGGUCGGUGCGCUUGCGAUCUGCCUUAUCCGACAUGCUCAGCAGCAAGCUCGGUCGUCAGCAGCGGGAUCUCGCACUGGUCUGCUGCUCAAUGAUGCUGCGGCUCUAUGGGAGCGACUGGCUGUUGGCUAAGAGCAUCCAGCCCACCGAGAGCCAGAGCGCAAAGGGCAAAUCGACGGCCAAGGUUCACAGUUAUGCCCAGUUUGCUGCCUUGCUGAUCCACCUGUCCUGCGCCGAAAUCCGAGUGCUGCUCGACGACUUGAACACAGAUGCAUCCGAGCUCGCUGGCCAAGAGCUGGCUAAUCUUGAGUCCAAGUUUAAGCCCGAGCCUGGAUCCGAGUCCGAGUCUGAGUCUGACGAUAAGGCCGCAUCGGCGAGGCAGACGGCCAGCGUCUUUGCCAAGGAAGAGUACUUCCAGAGGCAGCACGAUCGAGUUGAAACCGUCCUGCCCGUGUGCUUUGAAAUCCUCGAGUGCUUCAUCCAGCAUCUCUCCGCGGCCGACCAAGACGCAUCGGUCUCUGGCAGCGGCAGCCCUGGGCUCAGCCAUGAUCAGCUUCUUUCCAUCAGAAGCGCAAUGAAAGAGACGUUUGUAGCCGUGAUGGCAUUCUUGUCAGAUCAGUGGAAUGAGUACCUGCAAAGCGGCCGUCAAGCAGUUCUGGACAACACCGCCACAGUCUUCAGCUUGCGAGCCAUGUCAUCCUGGCUGGCUGAAGAAACAAGCUCGACGGUAUCGGAGAUUCUCUCUGUGAUCCCAAUGUUUGUCGAGGUCGGGAAGCGUCAGCUUGCGACGAUCGACAUCCACCCACUCGAUUUUCUCGGGCCAGCUCUGCUCGAGGUCCUCACCGAGAAAGAGGCAUGCGACUCCUUUGUGGAGUGUCGUGGCCACGCCGUCGUUGCCAGUAGAAUCAUUGAAAUCCUUGCCGAUCCGCAUGUGCAAGCCAAGCAGACCGAGCUUCUGAACGUGCUCAUCCACACAGUCAUCACAAGCGGGUCGGUCGUGUCGAGCGAUCCAGAUACCUUUGCGGCACUCUUUGACGCCUGUGCACGCGCAUCCAGUCGAAUCCGUCUGGACGGAGCAGCGAGCCACCAGGAUGUUCUCCAAGCAGGAGCGAUUUCGACGCUCUAUGCGCUUGUGCUUUGCAACGCCACCGAGGAAGCUGUUCACAACCUCGCUGGGUCGGAGCUACUUUCGUUUGCCGUGGCCUUUAUCGGCUUCAUGGCCGAGCGGGCCACUUCUCAGGACAAAGGCGAGCAAUGGGAAGAGUCUCAAGAACUGUGGCUGUUGACACUCAACGCAUGCGCUACAUGUGUGAAAAAGUCACAGCAAUUCAAGGCCGCCCUAUCGCCGGUGUCCGGCUUCCGUACCACUUUGAACACACUCAAGGCGUGCCGAGCGAGUCUUGAUCUUGACGAUCAGCGGAACAUCGAUUUGCUGUUGACUCUCUCAUCAAGGCAGUCUUAGUGCCGCCGAAGGAGGCAAGCCCUUACACUCAGCGCCAUCGGUGCCACAGAGUGUCCCGAAAUCAAAUAUACAUCUGGCUUGGCCACGA